AGGAGAGGAAAAAGAGAGGACAAGUUAAAGCAGUCAAUCAAAUUUUUUAUUUCUUUAAUAGUGACAAUUCGGUUCUGAAUUAAAUUAAAAGUGGAAAUUAAAAUGAAAUAAAUUCUUUCCGAGUUAUGUAUCAAUUAUCUAUAUUAUUUUAAUACAUUCUCUGUGUGUUUUUGAUGAUAGUGGCACUUCACUUCUACCAGUCUUUUUUAAAAUAUAAUUUGUAAAAAUUUACCUGUAAUAUGAAUAACGACGAGAAUAAAGACAUGUCGCACAGACAGCAUGCGAAAUAUUUUAUGCGGUUUUUAAAUAUACUUCCUUCAACAUUAUCGUCUCAUGAUACAACCAGAGUCACUAUAGCAUAUUUCUCAGUCUGUGGCCUUGAUGUUCUUGGAUCAAUAUCAUCUAUAUCAUUGGAUCUGAGCUCUAGGAUUAUUGAAUGGAUUUACUCACUACAAGUACAUCCAAAUGAAGAGAAUGGUGAUAUGUCCAUAUGUGGUUUUCAAGGGUCCUCCACAGUUAAUAUACCAUUAGACCCAGCAAAUAAUCAUUACCGUUGUGGUCACCUUGCAAUGACAUACACUGGUCUUUGUAUGCUUCUCACUUUAGGAGAUGAUCUGUCUAGGAUUAAUAGGAAAGCAUUAGUAGAAGGUGUUAAGGUCUUGCAAAGAGAAGAAGGGAACUUCUCCGCAACACUUUCCGGCUGUGAGUCAGAUAUGCGAUUUGUGUACUGCGCAGCAUGUGUCAGUUAUAUCCUGGAUGAUUGGUCGGGGUUUAAUAUUGAAAAGGCCACCGACUACAUCAUUAAAUCUAUUAGCUAUGAUUAUGGUAUCGCGCAGUGUCCAGAACUGGAGUCGCACGGGGGAACUACUUACUGUGCUCUAGCGACCCUCGCGCUUUCCGAUCAAUUGGACAAAUUAUCUCAGGAGCAAGUGGAAGGGCUGAAACGUUGGCUGGUCUUCAGACAGGUCGACGGUUUCCAAGGCAGGCCCAACAAGCCGGUCGAUACGUGCUACAGUUUCUGGGUUGGUGCUUCAUUAAAAAUAUUAGAUACUUUACAUAUGACGAAUUACGGUAGCAAUAGGAGGUACGUGAUCGACACGCAAGAUGUCGUUGUAGGCGGGUUUUCUAAGUGGCCUGAUACUUCCACAGAUCCUAUGCACACCUACUUAGGCCUAGCUGGAUUAAGUUUGAUAGGGGAGAAUGGUUUGUUAGAAAUUGUACCUACUCUUAACAUAACCAGAAGGGCAUACGAACAUCUGAAGACUUUACACAAGCGUUGGUCUGAUGAAUGCUGAUGAAUACUGACAUUCUUUAAUUUUAUAUUUCGACCAAGGCGUUUCAUAGUGUGAUUGAGUUUUGUUCAAAUAUUAAUUGUUAUUACUUCCGUCUGUAACGAUGUUUCAAUGGUGCACGAGAAUUAAUAUAUAUGUUUUAAUGAAACUAUAUUAUACCAUAAGUUAAUUGCAAGUGCUAUACCGCGAUUUCAUUAGCGAUACAUGGACGCGAGGAGAGAAAUAGGUAUACAUAUGUGUACUAUAGGAAAAACAGAUCUUAUGAUGUUGUUUUAUAAUCUUUUAAUAGCUUUAUAUAUUUAUUUCAAACUUAAUACUGUUAUAAUACACGUGUAUAAGUACUUAGUUUAUGUUCGUAUUUAUUU